CUUCGAAGCCGAUCGGAGGUGUUUUCACGUUUGCUCCUCGUCGAGCUACACAUCAUCAGUGUGCAAUCGUCAUCGUCAUCGUCAUCACAUUUCUGUGCCCCUCCUUGCGUUGUGUGUUGCUUGCGCGAGGAUUGUGCAGUGCGUUCUCUGUUUGUGUUGGUGGAGGUGGAAGCGGUGCCCGCGGAUCUGCGCUCGUUCUCAAUCCCACCCACCCACAUUCUCGUCGCCCGUUCCGCAGCACCCGGUUUCGGUAUAGAUCGAGUAUCGUCGUUCCAUUUUUUGUUUGUUUGAUAUCGUUUGUUCGUUCGUUUGCGUGAUGGCCCCCACCCGCAAAGGAGCAGGCCGUGGUUUUCGUUUUCAAUCAUCAAAACAAUUGCGACCGCGUAGGCCGACGUGUUUGUGAGUAGUUUUGUGUGCAAAAACAUGAGACAAGGCAAGAUCAUCAUUGAUUUGCAUCGAUCAACCAAUAUACGAUCGAAGGGGCCGCGCAAUUAUCGUUCUUGGAAGAGUAGGCUGUGAAUUGAAUGGCAGUGAAUUGCAGCUGAAUGGACCCGAGCAGAAACAAGACAACUGGACGUGUAUUUUUGAAUAACUCAACGAAGAGACGCAGAAUCGGCAUCUUCAAAAUGAGCGAAAAUUAUGAAGAGUGAAAACCAGAUCUACAAGGAAGAAGUCGCAUUGAAGUCGAAACAAAAAGGUGAUGUUUUAAGCUACAUUCAGUGAUAGUGAAAUUGCGACUACGUGUCUGAUAAGGAAGGUGUUUAUAAUUUUCUUGGUUCGUGAUUAAACAGAAGAAGAAAAAUGACCGUCACACUGUGGAAAAGUGUGGGCCAGGCGAAAAUGCUUGCAAUCGCCAAAGCCAACUACUGCGAGUCGGACAAAGAGCACAGACUGGAACUGGACGUCGGCGAUUCGGUGGUCAUUCUGCAGGAAGCUGCCAGUUGGUACUACGGAUACAAUCGAAGUCGACCACAUGUAUCUGGAAUUUUUCCCAAAUGCUACGUUCACAUCGUCGACAGCCGGGUGUCCCGUGACGGCGAAUUGGUAGUGGCCCGCAGCGAGAUCGUCGAAGAAAUCACAACCGUACUGAAGGAGUGGCAGCACCUCUACCGUAGGUUCUAUCUGUACACCCACCCCGACUUCAAAGCGAUCCGCCUAAAAAUGCUGGAACUGAUUCGGCUACGAUCGCAACUGCUGUCCGGCAACCUGCCGGUGGACGAAAUGAAAGACAUCAAGCUGAAGGCGACUUCGGAGAUCGAUACCGGCAAUAAGAUCCUGCGGCUGGACAUGGUGGUGCGAGACGAGUGCGGGAACAUUCUCAACAUCGACCGGACCUCAACCACACAGCUGUACGAGCACCACUUGAAUGCCGUUGACCGGAUUAAGCGGGCGAGUACUUCAAUCUCCAAAAACCGCAACGUGGAAACCUUGAACCGCCAUUCCCACAACCUCCUUUUAUCGGUGCACAACUUUGUGUGUCGCUUCUGCGAGGACACGGAGAUUCUGUUCACGUUGUACGACGGCGAAGAGAUGCGAGCCAUCACCGAGAACUACGUGGUCAAGUGGAGCCGGCAGGGCGUUGCAGCCGAUCUGGAUCAGUUCAACAACAUCAAAGUGCUGUUCACGGAUCUCAGCGGAAACGACCUGAGCCGCAAUCGGAUAUUUCUGAUGGCGUACGUUGUUCGGGUGGGGGCGAUGGAGGGAAAAGAUACCGACACGAGGCGAAGCAGUAUGGCGAAUUCGUCCAACACGGGCAGUUUGAAGAGCAGGGGUCAAUUAGCGAGUCAGAUGAGUACUCCGGGUAGUCCGGGACCGGGGGGAGCAGCGUCGUCUGCAACAUCCGGGCAUGAACAGCAAAUGAGGCGACCUUUCGGGGUAGCUUCGCUGGAUUUGAAACCCAUCAUCAAAAGGUCAGAAGAUUUCAAAGGUGAUACCCAACUGAAGAUGCCAUUCAUUCCAUGCGAGAAGGAAUCGCUGGAGAGUACGCUACGGAAGCUAAUUGGAAAUAAGGAUCUUGGCGAAAAGAGUGAUGCUGCGAUUUGGAUCAGCGUGGAUAUCCUGCAUGGUGAUAUCAAACAAGUGAAGGAAGAAUACCCACAUUUGGUGCUGGGUAAUGUGGCGUUUGCGCGGAAAAUGGGAUUUCCGGAAGUGAUCUUCCCUGGAGACGUUCGAAACGAUCUCUACCUAACGCUAGUCGGAGGAGAAUUUUCCAAAGGCUCGAAGAGCAGUGAUAAAAACAUUGAAGUGACGGCAAUGGUUUGCAACAGGGAAGGGGUUGCAAUUCCCGGGGUGAUCACCUACGGCGGUGGGGGAUUUGCACUGAAUGAGUACAAAUCGGUGAUCUAUUAUCAUGAGGACAAGCCAAAGUGGAACGAAACUUUCAAGAUCGAUGUGCCAAUCGAGGAGUUCAAGCAGUGCCAUUUGAGGUUUACCUUCAAGCACCGGAGUUCGAAUGAAGCCAAAGAUCGCAGUGAGAAGCCAUUUGGCCUAUCGUACGUGCGAUUGAUGAACGAUGAUGGGACCACACUGCAACAUAAGCGGCAUCAGUUGCUGGUGUACAAGAUCGAUCAAAAGAAGUUCGAUCAUGAUACGCAGUAUAAUUAUCUGCAGCUGCCGGCAUUAAUGGACGAGCUGGCAAAUAUAAGCGGAGGGAAACCUUCGAUGAGUGGCUUUAGUUUAGCGUCGAAGGAUUGCUUUACCAUAGAGACGAAUUUAUGCAGUACGAAGCUCACGCAGAAUGUGGACAUCCUUGGUUUGUUGAAUUGGUCUUCCCGCAAGGAAAAGAUGGAGGAAUCGCUGAAUGCUUUGAUGAACGUCAAAGGUGAGGAAGUAGUCAAGUUCCUGCAAGACAUUCUGGACGCGUUGUUCAACAUUCUGGUUUUGAACGAGGACGCAGUGAAGUAUGACAACUUGGUGUUCAAAUGUUUACUUCGCUUGAUUGAAAUCGUAUAUGAUCUGAAGUAUCAGCAUUUCCAGUCGGUAUUGGAUCUUUACAUUAACGAGAGUUUUUCGGCGACGUUGGCCUAUGAAAAACUGAUCAACGUAGUCCAAACGCACAUCAAAAACGCAAUCAACAACGUCAGCAGUGAGCGAUCGAGCUCGAUCAGUAUCUACGCCAUCAACGAAAAUGAUGAAACCCUCUAUCGCACCACGAAAUAUCUUCAGUACAUCAUGAAGUUCAUUAUUCGGUCGCGCAUUUUGUUCUCCGACCUAAACCAAGGAAAAGAUCGGGAACUGUUCGAAACCAUGUUGGAAGACUUGUUGGAGUCGUUCAUCGAGCUGAUCAAGUACCAGAACGAUCUGUUGAAGUCGCAAGGUGCCCUCCUAAAGUACCUGCACAUAAUCGCGUCCGAUUUGAUGCAGGUAUACGACCCCAUCAAGUUGAGCCAACGAAUAGUGGACAUCAUAACGAACGUCCCGACCGGGAGGUUAAAUCAGUCCAAGAUGACCUGCAUCAAAGACGUGGUCGAUUCCAAGCUGUUCAAGCUGCCCCAGUGUCGCGCGAUUCUGUUGCCGGUGUUCUGUCGGCAGAUCAAGGACAAGCUGGAGAGCAAGGAAGAGGGGGAAUUCAUGUUCGACAUCCGGCAGCAGGAGAAGAACCUAAUCAAGGCGGCCAAGAUCCUCGGGGAGAGCAAAUCACAGCUGCACACGCGGGAAACCACCGCCAAAACGAAGGUUGCCGAAUGCGUCAACAUCAUGAACAACAUGCUGGAGUUGCUCUUCCAUAGUGAAGAGGACAUUGGUUCCACCGAGAAUGAUGUCCGACAGAUCAUGCAGAUCCUGCUGCGCACAGUAAUUCAGAGUUCGAUCGCUAUGGAUCGGGACAAUCCUUUGGUUGGUAAUCUGGUGGCGAUAAUGUUGGGAAUCUUCCGCUCUAUGACGGCCGUACACUACCAGGCGUAUGUGCAGAGUUUCCUCACCAGUUUCGAUUUGUUAGACUUCCUUAUGGAGAUCCUCCUAGUGUUCAAAGAGCUUGUAUCGAAGCCCGUGUUUCCGAUAGAUUGGCUCGACAUGAUAAUGCACCAAAACACAGUCAUAUUAGAGAGUCUUCGGCACUUUUCCGGUAUUAUCAUGGAGUGGUUCUUCUCACCAUUCGAGAAGCAGGUUUGGUCAAACUACUUCCAAUGUUCGAUAACAUUCUUGACGCAGCCAUCGCUACAGCUGAACCUGUUCAGCAAAACCAAACAAUCGAUAAUCUUGAGCAAUUACCGGGACAUUCGACGGGAGACGGCCUUCGAGAUUCGGAAGAUGUGGUUCAACCUGGGCGAGCAUAAGAUCAUGUUUGUGCCGCAGUUGGUUGGUCCUAUUCUGGAGAUGAGCAUGAUUCCAGAAGUUGAACUUCGCAAAGCCACCAUUCCGAUCUUCUUCGACAUGAUGCAGUGUGAGUACUACAGCUCAAAGUAUGUGAUGGAGAGCUAUGGGGAUACCAAAAGGAACAACAGUCACAUCAAGGGGAACUUUAAUGAUUUUGAAAAGGAAAUCAUAGAAAAACUCGACCACUACAUCGAAGGCGGAUACGGAGAUGAGGAGUACAAGGACCUGUUUUAUGAAAUUAUGCAUGAGUCGUGUAGUAACCAUAAUACGCUACAGGCCUACGGUAUCCAGUGCGUCCAAGUGUUGACCAGGUUAAUGGAAAAGCUACUGGAGUACCGGUGUUUGAUCCAUGACGAAAGUAAAGAGAAUAGGAUGGCCUGCACGGUGAGCCUGCUGCAGUUCUACGCUGAGGUCAAUCGAAAGGAAAUGUACAUCCGCUACGUGAAUAAGCUCUGUGAUCUGCAUAUGGAGUUUGACAACUUCACGGAAGCUGCGUACACUCUGAAGUUACACAGUAACGAACUUUGUUGGGACGACACCACACUUUCUCCGUUGUUGAAGUCCAGUCGCCACACCGGCUGCAGUACUCAUUGGCAUUUGAAAGAACGGCUCUAUCGGAACAUCAUCGAUCUGUUCGAUCAUGGUAAAAUGUGGGAGUCGGCGAUCGAUAUGUGCAAAGAGCUAUCCCAACAGUACGAGAACGAAUCGUACGAUUACCUCAGCCUGGCGGAGUUGUACAAGAAGAUGUCCCAGUUUUAUGAGAAAAUUCUUCGGGAAAAACGUUUUGAGUCGAAUUAUUAUCGAGUGGCAUUCUAUGGGUACGGUUUUCCGCAAUUCCUUCGCAACCAGGAGUUUGUAUAUCGGGGGAACGAGUACGAGGAUUCCGGGUCGUUCAACACCCGUAUUCUGAGCCAACACCCGCGGGCGGAGUUGGUACCGACGUUAAACCCAGGUCCGGAAAUUCGUCAAAGUGAAGGUCAAUUCAUACAGAUAGUAAAAGUGGAUCCCGUUAGUCGAGACAUUCGGAUUCACAAAGACAAAAAGAACAUUGCGUCGAAUAUUCUUAAGUUCUACCAGACGAACAACGUUAGUGAGUUUCAGUUUUCGCGACCAAUACGGGACUCGAACGGAGGCGGUGAUGACAUUGCGGGCACUUCGUACGAGAGGACGAUUCUGAGGACGACCGAUGCGUUGCCGAAUAUUUUGCGGUGGUUCCCAGUGAAACACAGCGAGACAGUUGUGAUCUCCCCAAUCGAAAUGGCGAUCGAAACCAUGGAAGCGAAAAACCGCGGCAUUCGGGAACUAGUCUUGGAGCAUCGUUCCGAUCCAACCUUGCCGAUUCACUCGCUAAGCGCCACCAUCAACGGCGUCGUAGAUGCAGCCGUCAAUGGCGGAAUUCCGAUCUACGAGGACGCAUUCCUAACUCCAGAAUACCUGAUCAAGUACCCGGAGGACGAUCAUUUGGUGGCACGGUUAAAGGACCUGAUCGCAUCGCAGAUACCCCUACUAGACGUUGGCAUCCAGGUGCACAAAGCCAAGGCACCGGAUAGCCUGAUGCCAUUCCACGAACGGUUGGAGACCUGUUUUGCCGGACUGCAGCCCACGAUCGAGGCAAAAUACGGCAAGCGGACAACCGACAUCAAGAUCGACCGCGACAACGAGGUGACCCUGAGGCGACAAAUCUCGGCCAUGCCGCAGGUCAGCAUCGACUCGAGUCGGUUGUCGGAGACCAGCAUCGGUUCGUCAGAUAGCGGAAUCUCCAAGAGCCAAAACAGCCGCCCAACUACGACUAGCUCCGGUGGUUUCAAAUCCACUUUCACCAACUUUGCAACGAAUUUCAACAGUACUAGUGACUUUUUCGAGUUCGAUCGGCUGAGCCUGUCCAGCGUCAAGCUCGGGACGCAAUCCGGCAAGCUGAUCACCAAUAUUUCGACCAAGAUCGGCAGCAAAAUCAGACAAACAUCGCUCGGUAGCUCACCCGGUGCCAAGGGUAAAAAGGACAAGUACGGCACAAAGCGAAGAUCGAGUCGUAAGAGUGAUCGAGAUUCGCUGAAUCUGCAAGUUUCCAACAGCCAGUUCUACACGUCCCCCAUCACGGUGGCAAGCGAGGUCAUCGGACUGGGAGGAGGCAACAGCAGCUGUAGCGAUCGGGACAGUUUUGUGCUGCACAGUGGCCCGGCCAGUGUCGGUUCGCAAACAACCUGUUCGACCCCGACCGGCUGCAGCACACCGAAGGUCGAGCUAACCGAAGAGCUUCAUCCAAAACGUCCACUUCGAUCCGAAGUCGAAAAGGAGAAACGCCACUCUCGUCCGCCGAGUGUGGUAACGCCCACGCUAAGCAUCAAGACGCUGACCAGCGGUGGGGACACCAACUCGAUAGGUUCCGCCGAAAGCAGUAGCAAUAGAAACUCCAUCAUAACGAACGGUUCCACCACCUCGGAGGAGGAUCUAGUCCCGCCGCCGCUGCCGAUGAAGACCCGUGACUGCGAUUACAGCAACGUACCGCUGAACGAUAGCGCCCUGCACCGACGGGCAACGACGGCCAGUCACUACGUGAGCUGUAAACCCCUGCCACCGGUUCCCUCGCCGCACGGUUCCAACGUAGUGGUCAACUCCGCCUACGAUGUGGUCGAAACGAGAAACAACAGCGUGAUCGUGAUCAGCAGUGGUUGCACCAUAUACGACGAGCGGAAGCGACCUCCGACACCUCCGCCGAAACCAGCGCGCAAUUCCAAGGUGUGAUGAUAGAUUGUGUGUCUUUCUGCAACGUUUCCACUGAAAAGUUUUAAUCAAAAUUAGUCAGUACAAAAGAGUAUGUACCCCUCGUUCCAUAACGAGUACUAGCGAUAGGAAUUGAUCAAUUUGUGAAGAAAGUUCGAGAAGAUAGUUAGGAACCCAACUGUGACCGACAUUUUUGCAGUAGAAUGAGCGAGAUGUGCAAGUUUUAGGGCGAACUUGUUUGUUUAAGGUAAAAAGACAUAAGCUAUUUUUUAUUUUAAGAACGAAGUAAAAUCAAAAGCCAUUUUUUACGUUAUUUACGUAAUGUUUCGUUUUGUUGCGCAUGAUCAAAAGGCAAAGCCAAUUAUUAUAGUUGUUUAUUUAGUUUUACCUACAGGUGUAAAAAAACGUGCAAUCACGUUUAUUUUCUACGCAUAUGAUUUUCAUUUUAUUUGACAACUUACCAAAGACGUAAUAGAAAACAAGGAGGAAUCACACAUCAAUCCUACUUUUAAACGUCUCUUGAGAGCGUUAGAUAGGCUAAGAUUAGAUAGAUUAAGAAAUUUAGUUACAUGGAUGUGCACAAUUAUGGAAGAACAAAUUAGAGAGCUUCUACGAAUCGAAAGCUAGGUUAAAUUUUACGAAAAAAGCAUUAUUUAUAGAUCAAUUCUAAAGAUUUAUCUUGUGCUCUGUCUAGUGCUUAGGAUAAUUUCGCUGCAUAUCGAGAUCAAACAUAGCUGUAAUACAGAUUAUUUAACUAACAUAUUUUCCACGGUACAACACUGGAGCGCAAUAUUAUUUUCUACUCCGUAAAAGGUAAGCCAUCGUCCGAUUAGGAGGAUCAGUAUAUGUGUAUUGGUAAUAAAUGGUAACGUCCAACAAUUCAGCCACUGUUGAAUGUUGUUCUCACUGCGUAGUCAAGUUUGACACGCAGUGUUUCCAGUUAA